UUCGGGGGACUGUUUUUAUGCCGGACUGUUUUCCACACGCCGUCACAUUUCCUUUUCUCUGCACCACCAUGCCGACUGACACCAAACGUGUACGCGGCCCAGAAGUUUCUCAAAGUCCGACUCUGUUUUUGUGUAAGCAUGUGGCCGUUCUCCCCUCGCACGGGCGCAGAGCGGACGGUCGGCAGCGGGACCAGGUAGACGUCCGGCCGGUGUUUGUGCGCUGCGGGCUAGUGAGCCAGGCUAAAGGCUCCGCGUACAUCGAGGCUGGAAACACCAAGUUGAUGUGCUGCGUUUACGGCCCCAGAGAAAUGGAGCGGAAAGACGAGACCGAUAUGAAAUGUGGAAAGUUGACUACUGACAUGCGUUUCGCUCCAUUUUCCUGCCUGGAGAGGGGCUCCUGGAUUCAGGGAAGCCAGGACAAGGACCUCUCCCUGAUGCUACAUGAGAGUCUGCAGCCAGCCGUGUGCCUCCAUAAAUAUCCCCGCUCUCAGAUUGAGGUUAAUGUGAUGGUUCUUGAGAACAGCGGCUCAGUUCUGGCCCAUGCUGUCACAUGCGCUUCCCUCGCUCUUGCAGAUGCAGGAAUCGAAAUGUAUGAUCUGGUGCUUGGUUGUUCCAUACGUCAGAAUGGCGCCUCUUAUGUUGUCGAUCCUUCUUACAUGGAGGAAAACAGCUGCAGCUCAGUCAGCAGUGAGAACCAGGGUGGUCUGACUGUAGCUUUCCUCCCUAGCCUGAACCAGAUUUCUGGGCUGCAGUCAGAUGGAGAAAUGAAUGAAGAGACUCUGACAGCUGGGGUCCGGACCUGCAUCGAGGGAUGCUAUAAACUGUACCCUGUCAUCCAACAAGCCCUGACCAAGGCUGUGCGCCGAGCUGCCCCCCCGCCAUCAGAGAGCUGAAAGACUCAAUAACCAAUAGCAUAGCUUUACAAUGUGCAGUUCUUACAUUCACAACACAACCUUUGUUUCUGUUUGAUAUUAUGUUCUUACAAAAAGAUUAAAAGACUGUUUUCUUAUUAAACUAUUUAAUGAUACAUUUA